AUGCUCUACCUCUUUGCCUUACUACCAUUGUGCAUCUCAGCAGCAGUGGAAUGCAACAAGUACAUGUCUACUAUACCCGCGGACUCGGACUUAACGAUGUCUGUUGGUUGCUUUGGGGUGGUCACAACCAACUUGAAUAGUGUUAGUGGAACAGGGACACUCUUCAUCGGUCAAUCCAACACAGUGACCAUCAAAACAGUGACAGCAAGUGAUACAAAGAAUGCUUUGAUUAUUCAAAAUGAAGGGACUUUGACUUUGGAGACUUCAACUGGGAAUGUCAGACUCUUUUCCUCAACAGACGUGAAGGUCAUGAAAGACUCGACCUUCUCAGUCUUCUCCGCGAGUGGAAUUAGUGUCGAUAAUGCUGUCACUAAACUCAUAUUUAAUAAGUUCUAUUUGAAUAAGGACUUCACUAUACCAGAAAAGACUCAAGUCACUAUAGGAACACUGUCUUCCACAUCAACUUCUAAAUCAGCAGAAUUCACUCUUCAAGCUACAGGCAUUAAAUUUAGUAUUGAUAAUUAUGACACUGAUUUGUCAUAUGCGGUGUAUCCCUCUGCUGUUAAAGUGUCGACUGGAACAGUCUCUACUACUGUUAUUGGAACAAAGUGCACAAACACUGAUACAUUCACUUUGGAGAACUCGAUUUGUCCGUGCACUCUCAUUGACUCGGAAUGCAUCUUUGAAGUCAAUUCUGAUACCUUCACGAUACCUGGUUCAUUCGAUGAAGCACAUCCAGUUACUUUUAAUGUCUUGAAAACUUCACGAAUUAGUGGAACUGGAAAUUUGGUGAUCAAGAAGUUGAAUAUUGAACAAUUAGCGACUGCCACGUUCAAUGGAUUUACUAGCGUCACUGUAAAUGAAGAAACUGGAAGCGGCAAUCUCAUUUUUGAAAACAUAAAAUCGACGAUUAAGGUCACUGGGACGUCUGGGGCUAUCAAUAUCAUUGGAGGAAGUGCAAAUAUCAUUGCUGACUCCACAACCCAAUACACUGGAAUGGUGGCAGUUAGUCAGUCAGCAACAGUCAAUGUAUACACACGGGUUAAUCAAAUAAACUUAAUCUCGCAUUCAAGAGUUAAUGUGUAUAAUGAUGUGAACGAUGUUCAGAAUGUUUCUAUGGACUCCACUUCAGUGGUGAACUAUAAGGGAUUGUACACCAAGGCUAAUUUGACUUUUAUAAAAUCAGGAAAUGAAAACAAUCUACCACCACAAAGUGUCAUAUUUGACAUCUACGAUGAUACUUUAAUCAAGAACUUUAUGUCAAAAAUAAAAGAUAGCAACUUUUGGACAGUCUCGUGUGAUGGAAGUUCUAUCGACUUCCAUUUAAAUGAUAUCACGAAAUGCCCGUGUAACCUCCACAACGGGUUUGUGACUGUGAGUACUAAAAUGUGCUCGGAACUCUAUUCAAUAGGUUCUUCUUCUAUUGAAAUGAGCACUGAAAAGGUCAUUACAGAUUUUUUGAAAGAAGGGACGUUGAACAUAACUCGUCCUAGCGUUUCACUCCAAUCAGAUUUGACAGUGAAGAAAUUGAUAUUUAAUGGAGGAGAAUUGGAUGGAAGUUCUGACACCAAAUUCACUCAAUUGGACGUCACAGAAUUUUCAAUAGUGAAACCAUUAAUAUUGAAGAACGUGGAAGUCAGUGUUGUACCAGAAGGCGUUACUACACUCAAACUUAUUCACUCUAAACUAUCUGUUGCAGACAACGUCACUCUUUUGGACUUGGAGUCUUUGGACAUCGACGAGAAGUCAAGAAUUCAUAUCAAGAACGGCCAAGUGAAAUCGAAACAGUUGCACUUAACACUACAAACGUCUUCUGCCACGAAGACAGACCCAAUUAUCAAUUCAGAAUUGUCCGACAAUUUAAUCGUAACUGAAAGCACAACAGCAGCUAUAACAACAGGGACUACUAAUGUCAUUGCCAUUAACCAAAAGUCAAGAACAUUCUUGGGUUCAGUCCCAACGGGAUUACUUCUCUCCUGUUCGCAACGCGUUUUUGUAUCUUCGGAGUCUGAAGUGAAUUGUGGAGACUACGAUUUGUCGGAGAAAGUGUGUGUUGUCAAUCCAACUGUUGAGAACCCAGACUUAAAUAACCCCGACUCGUAUUUGGACAACACAGAUAGGAACUGCCCUUGUGUACACCACGCCGAAUCAACUUAUGAUAGUUGCACCGUCAACAUCGCUACGACAAAGCCAACUACUAUCGGUGCUUCUUUGAGUUUCACUAAGCUUGUUAUCGAAUCUGAAGUCACAUUAACAUCGACAUACAACUUAAAUAUUGUGAAGGAACUCAGUUUGAGCUCAGCAAAAGCCACAUUCAACUUGGGAGGGUUUAAAGCGGAGAAAAUAACAAGCGCAGUAAGUACAGAGCUUGUCUUAAACACAAAAGCGACACUUAAUGAAUUUGAGAUCACACACCCACUCAAUUUGACACUGAUGAAAGACACCUUUUUCGAUAAAGAACAUGUCAAAGGCGAUAAUAAAGAACUCAAAUUGGAUGUCCACGGCUCUGUGUAUCUUCGUAGUGGAAAGUUUGAAGUCGAUGAAAUGUCGUUGUACCAGACUGCCACUGAAAUGAGUUCGAUUUUCAUUGGCUCGGCGUCGCAAUUAGUCUUCACACCAAAUGCCAAAUUACACGUCAUUGAUAAUAAAGGCGACCACACAAAGUCGUUUAUGACAGGAACUGACGUGAGUAGUGCGUUAAAAGUGAACACAGGCCUUUCCAUUGAUUUUACAGGAACGUCAUCCGUUUGCCUUCCAUUGGCCACAUUUGCGUCUGCUCCGUCUUCUGUCGACACGGAGUCGUAUAACAUUAAGAGUGCAACAAACGUCGAGUUGGCUGCUUUAGGAUGUUCCUCGAAGAUCUGGGUGGGAUGUCCAUCGAAAGCGACUCCGUUUGACUGUGGAGGAAGUGAGAUGUGUGUGAUCACCUCCACGGCGUCUUCAAUAGAUUCUUCUGUCAAUACAAACUACGACAAUAUCAACUUCUGCCCAUGUACCAACACUAAGAGUAGUUUAUAUACAACUGGGUGCGAAAUUGUGGUACCGGAGAACAUGGACAAUGUCGUAAUAACUAAUAUGGAAGGUACUAUUAACAAACUCACGGUAUCAUCGAAUGUUAAAAUCAACACCAAAGACACUUUCACCCCAUCAAAAGUGGUGUUAUCGGGGAAGAUCGAAUUCACAAAUGAAGUUUCGGAUAUUCUUAUUCCAUCGUUGGAACUCAACACUAAUAAGUUUUCUGCUGUGACUUUUGCGGGUGCGGGAACAAUCAAUUCAUUCACAUCAAAAUCGGACGCCACUGUGACUUUCAACAAGGGAGGUAACUUGAAUUUGGACAAAGUCGGUGUGAAUUCCAAAAUCACAGUUAACUCGAACUCCAUAGUUUCAGGGGAGGUUGUAGCGUUAACUUUGUCUAAAGACAUGUCGGAGAGAGAUUUGAUAAUAACAACAAAACAGCCGAUUGCUGUGCGUGGGGAAUUUUCAGUACGAAAUUUGGAGGUGAGUCGACAGUCUGUGGAUCAAGAGACUGAUAAGAUGAACACGUUCUUAGUAACGAGUGGAAACAAAUUCACUGUGAACACCUUAAAAAUCAUUCCAUCGACGUUGAACUCGUAUUUGAUAGCAACUGCUUCGGACAUCAAUUACAUUUCAAUUAAAAAUAAAGCAGAGAACAUUUAUGUUGAUAAAUACAACUCCAUUGCGUCAUACAAAAUCGAUAAAUUGAGCAGAGACGACAUCGUGUGCACUAUGAAAGACAUCACGUCGGAAAAUGAAAUCGUCGAUAUCCCAUUCAACGACGGUAAUGAGGCAAAGUCGUGGGAUAGAAAAGGGUGUGCGUGCGAUGGUGAGUUUUGUGAGUUAAUUGCGGGAGCCGUCAACCCGUUUGUCAUGAGUGGAAUUAAUGUGUCCGAACUGAAUUCCCUUCGUGUGUCGGGCGAAGCGACUUUAGUUGGGAGUCAACUGCUUGCAAAUCAAGUGGAACAGGGGCAGAACCUGCCAAUCACAUUUUCAAUAACAAAAUUUGGCAUUGACCAUUUGAAAAUAUCGAAGGGAACAGCAGUGACGAUCAGCAACACUGAAGCGUCGUCAUUUGUGUAUGACAUAGAGGAACAGACUCAAGAUGGAGAUACAACGACAAGUGAUUCAAGUUUGUUGUUUGAGAACAACACGGGUGCUGUCACUAUUAAAACGAAGAGUGCAAUUGUUGUAUCAAAGAUGAGAGUUGUCAACAGUAAAAGUGUUGCAUUGUCGAUGAACAGUGGCGUUAUUGGUCAAAUUGAGUUUACUGAAAUGGAGAUCAACGCGUCGCAACUCACGAUGACUGCUGGGACAUUCAAAAUCCCAACAAGUCCAAUUACAAUUGUCAUGACACAAGGACAGAUGUUCCCAUGGGUCAUUGCACCAGCUGCCAAAAUCAUAGUAAGUGAUGGUUCUGCUAUGAAAAUUGCCCUUUCAGGGGAGUUCAAUGGAGAUGUCCUGUACUUGGUAAGAACGGAGAUACAGAACUUUGUCACGCAGUUUGGCGUAACAAUAGUCAAUCCUAAAGAACAGACCAAAUAUAGUUCAUCAAACUAUAAAGUAACUAUAGACGCCAGCCAAUAUGAAGUGAAACAAGUCUGUAACAUCUACGUAGCUCUUGUCAAGAAGGGAUAUACUGUUACAGAGUGUCCAGAAGAUCCUCUUGGAUCCGAUGAAGCAUUCAUAGUAACUAACACGACAAAUAAUGAAGUUCCGGGGUGGGCAAUUGCUAUCAUUGUGGUGUUUGCCGUCUGCACCGUCAUCGUUCUUGUUCUGUUGAUUCUCUUUGUCAUCUACGCUAAACUCGUGUUACUCAAAAACAGAAAGAAUAACAAAGUCUUCAACGCAAAGGAAAACAUCUUCGAAGAAAGUGACGAGGACCAAACAUCAUCAAGCUCCGAAGAAAAAGAAAACAAAAAUGAUAAGAAGGUUGAAGAAAAAGGAAAUAAUGAAAGCCAACAACCUACCGAAAAUAAAGGAGAAGAAAAGGAUAAAAGUAAGUCGGGAGAAAGUACGGCAACUUCAUCUAGUUCGUCGCCGUAA